AUGUCUCUACUCACCAGUUAUGAGGGGCUUCGGCAUCAGAUCGAGAGGCUGGUGAGGGAAAAUGAGGAACUGAAGAAGCUGGUGCGGCUCAUUCGGGAGAAUCACGAGCUCAAGUCAGCAAUCAAGACACAGGCAGGUGGCCUGGGCAUCAGCGGGUUCACCAGCGGGCAUGGCGAGGUGGCAACUGGCCCUUCUCAACGCCAGGGUGUCUUCCUGCCCGCGUCCCCGGCUGCAGCAAAUGAACCUGCCCUGGAAGAAGGGGGGAUUAUGUCUCUGGCACCCCUGGCCGACAUGCUAAACAGCCCGCAGCUCAGCCCCUCAACAGGCCCCAUCGUGAGCCCCAUGACGGGCUCUCUCAGCAUGCUGCUGCCCUCCCCGGGGCCCAUCUCACAGAACAGCACGCUCGCCAGCCUCCUGGCCGGCCCCCUGAACGGCCACCUAGCCACGGGCACAUUGGCCAGCUCCAUGGGCCUUCCUUCCACCGGCCCCCUGACUCCAAGCGGCCCCUUGGCCGGCCCCGUGGCUGCGUGUCCAGCGGGCACAUUGGCCAGCUCCAUGGGCCUUCCUUCCACCGGCCCCCUGACUCCAAGCGGCCCCUUGGCCGGCCCUGUAGCCAUGUCUCUGAGCAGCCCCCUGCACACCUCCACGGCUGCCCCUCCAGUUGUUUCUCAGAACCUUCUGGCCAACCCCAUGGGCAAUGUGGUGCUGCAGGAGGCCCCAAGGGUGCGGCUGCCAGAGCCUCUCCGCGGAUGCCCCUCUGGACCCCAUCCCUCCGCUGGCGCGGGGCCUGCUGCCACCUCCAAAGUCCCACUCUCCACUGAGCAUCCCCUGCUGACCCAGGACCCCGAGCCCCUCAGCGUGACGUUCGUGGGUGGGCCCAUCCACACCUCCACCCCCGUCAGCGCCGUGGGCAAGCCUGGCUCCGUGACAGCCUUCUCCUACGGCACCUCGGGUGCCCGAGCUCAGCCGGGUACUUCCCAGGGACACGCGGCUCCUGCCCCUGUCCCCACUGCCCCAACCGCUUCCCCCACCAUCUCAGUCCUCCCUUCUGCCCCUGCCCCUGCCCCCCAAGCUGCCACCAACUACAGCCCCGAGAACACCGCCCACGCCCCCACCCGAGCGCACAACUCCCCCCCCCGGCCCUCCCCCACCCCCCACUCCCCUCCACGCAACCCCCACUCCCCACCCCGCACCUCAUCCUCCCCGGCGUCUGUCAAUGACACGCGAGGCCCGCGUAUCCUGGAAACGUGUCGGAAAAGCGUCCAGGACUUGGAGCGGAAGCUGGCCCACCGCAAGAGCAACAAGUUCCCUGACAGCCCCCGAGAGCCAAAGCAGCUGGCCUGGGAGAGGCUGGUGGGGGAGAUCGCCUUCCAGCUGGACCGCAGGAUCCUCUCCAGCAUCUUCCCCGAGCGCGUGCGCCUCUACGGCUUCACGGUCUCAAACAUUCCUGAGAAGAUCAUCCAGGCCUCUCUGAACCCCAGCAACCACAAGCUGGAUGAGGAGCUGUGCCAGACGCUCACGCAGCGCUACGUGAGCAUCAUGAACCGGCUGCAGAGUCUGGGCUACAACGGGCGGGUGCACCCGGCGCUGACGGAGCAGCUGGUGAAUGCCUACGGCAUCCUGCGUGAGCGGCCCGAGCUGGCUGUGUCGGAGGGCGGCUCCUUCACCGUGGAGUUCCUGCAGCGCGUGCUGGUGGAGACCGUGCACCCGAGCAUGCUCAGCGACGCGCUGCUCCUGCUCUCCUGCCUCAGCCAGCUGGCGCACGAGGACGGCAAGCCCAUGUUCAUCUGGUGA